AGGACUAGUUACCCGAGGAUCGCGGGGCUGGAUGGGAAUUGUAGUCUUCCUGGGACUUGCAGCUUCUUUUAGUCUAGUCUCUGUGAGCAAGACAUGAAAACAGAACGCUGCGAUGCAUAGCAGCUAGCCUGCAUAACCGCGAGAAGGACUCCGCUGUAUUAACUGCGUUUGCUGUGGUAAUCGUGCCUGCUUCCGGUGUUGGAAGCUCCUUUUCCUUAAGACUACAGUUUCCAAGAGACGCUGUGGAGAAGGCCUUUCGUUCCGCAAUGCAUGCUGGAAUUGGUAGUUCUUUUUUUUACACAAGCCUUUAUUUACCUAAACUGGAGACUUCCAUGGCAGGAAGACUAAGGGAGGGAUGAGGCCACGGCCUGCCACGGCCUGCAGCUGCUUUGGGCACUACCUUGCGCUCAUAUUCCUGCCUCAGUUACGACAUACAGGGAAAGACUGGGCGGCCAAUCCCGAGCCCGGAAAGAGUGUCUACUUUUUUUUUUUCCUCCCUUCCGCUCACGUGUCUGGAUCUUGUGUUCCUAGAGGCUAGCCCUAGGCGCCCAAGCUGCCGGUUUCCUUGGCAACAGAGAGCGCGGGAAUUACAGAUAAAUUGUAAUUGCGGCUGCGCGGCGGCCGCUGGUGCCGCGGGAGGACUCCGCGCUUUCCGAGCGGUUCUCCGGUAUUUGGGCCUCGGGGCUCGGGAGCACGGACGUUUUGCUCGGAGUAAAGUUCACUGGACCCGGAAGAAAUGGAUUUAUCUGCUGUUCAAAUUGAAGAAGUACAAAAUGUCCUUCAUGCUAUGCAGAAAAUCCUAGAGUGUCCAAUCUGUUUGGAACUGAUCAAAGAGCCCAUUUCCACAAAGUGCGACCACAUAUUUUGCAAAUUUUGUAUGCUGAAACUUCUUAACCAGAAGAAAGGGCCUUCACAAUGUCCUUUGUGUAAGAAUGAGAUAACCAAAAGGAGCCUGCAAGGAAGUACAAGGUUUGGUCAACUUGUUGAAGAGCUGCUGAAAAUGACUGAUGCUUUUGAGCUUGACACAGGAAUGCAGUUCGCAAACAGUUACAGUUUUUCAAAAAUGAAAAAUUCUUCUGAACCUUUGAAUGAGGAGGCUUCUAUCAUCCAGAGUGUAGGCUACCGAGACCGUGCCAAAAGACUUCGACAGACUGAAUCUGGAAAUGCUACCUUGAAGGACAGUCUCAGUGUCCAGCUGUCUAACCUUGGAAUUGUGAGAUCAAUGAAGAAAACUCAGCAGACACUGCCUCGAAAUAAAUCUGUGUACAUUGAAUUAGAGUCUGAUUCUUCUGAAGAGACAAUUAAGAGGCCAGAUGAUUGCAGUGUGAGAGACCAGGAAUUGUUACAAAUGACCCCUCAGGAAGCCGGAGAUGAAGCCAGUUUGGAUUCUGCAGAAAAGGAUACUUGUGAGUUUUCUGAGGACGUAACAGAUAUUGAACAGCAUCAAUGCAGUAAUAAAGAUUUGAACCCCAUUGAGAAUCAUGCAACUGAAAGGCAUCCAGAACAAUGUCAGGGUAUUUCUGUUUCAGACUUACAUGUGGAGCCAUGUGGCACGGAUAUUCAUGCCAGCUCAUUACAGCAGGAGAACAGCAGUUUAUUACUCGCUGAAGACAGAAUGAAUGUAGAAAAGGCUGAAUUCUGUAAUAAAGGCAAACAGUCUGGCUUAGCAAGGAGCCAACAGAACAGAUGGGCUGAGAGUAAAGAAACAUGUAAUGAUAGGCAGAUUCCCAGCACUGAGAAAAAGGUAGAUCUGGAUGCUGAGUCCCUCUCUAGGAGGAAGAAAUGGAAUAAUCAGGAAAGUCUGUGCCCUGAGAAUCCUAGAGCUACCCAAGAUAUUCCUUGGAUAACACUAAAUAGCAGCAUUCAAAAAGUUAACGACUGGUUCUCCAAGACCGGUGGAACGUUAACUCCUGACGGCACUGCUGACAGGAGGCAGGAGGCAAAUGCUGAAGCAGCUGCUGUGUUCGAAGUUUCAAAUGGAGUAGAUGGAUGUUCCGGUUCUUUAAAGGAAAUAGACUUGGUGGCCUCUGAUCCCCAUAAUGCUUUAAUGUGUAAGAGUGAAAGAGACUUCUCCAAACCGGUAGAGAAUGAUAUCAAAGAUAAAAUAUUUGGGAAGACAUAUCAGAGAAAGGGAAGCCUCCCUCACUUGAACCAUGUAACUGAAAUUCUAGGCACAUAUACUACAGAACCACAGAUAACACAAGCGAACCCCUUCACAAAUAAAUUAAAACGUAAAAGGAGAACUACAUGCCUUCAGCCUGAGGAUUUUAUCAAGAAAGAAGAUUUAACAGUUAUUCCAAAGACUCCUGAAAAUACAAAUCAGGGAACAGACCAAAUGGAGCCGAAUGGCCAAGUGGUGGGUAUUACCAGAAAUGGUCAUGAGAAUGAGACAAAAGGCAGUAAUCUUCAGCAGGAGAGAAAUGCUAAUCCAGUAAGAUCACUGGGAAAAGAGUCUGUUUUCACAACUAAAGCCAAAGCUAUAAGCAACAGUGUAAGUGAUUUGGAGCGAGAAUUAAACAUCCGCAAUUCAAAAGCUCCGAAGAAAAAUAGGCUGAGGAGGAAAUCUUCCACCAAAUGUGUUCUUGCACUUGAACCAGUCAGUGAGAAUCCCAGCCCACCUGCUUGUACCGAAUUUCAAAUUGAUAGUUGUAGUAGCAGUGAAGAAACAAAGAAAAACAAUCCCGACCAAACGCCAGUCAGGCAUAUUAGAAAGCCUCAACUCACAGUGGACACGGAACCUGCAGCAGAUGCCAAGAAGAAUAAUGAGCCAAAUGAACAAAUAAAGAAGAGAAGGGCCAGUGAUGCUUUCCCAGAAGAGAAAUUAACUAACAUACCUGGUUUAUUAAAUAACUGUCCACGUUCUAAUGAACCUCAAGGGCCUGUCAGUCCUAGCCCUCAGAGAAAAGAAGUAGAGAAACUUGAACUAAGCCAAAGGUCUGACAGUUCCAAAGACCUGAAGGAUCUGGUGCUGGAUGGAGAGCAAGGUUUGCCCACCGAGAGAUCUGAGGAGAGCACCAGUGUGUCAUUGGUCCCUGACACUGACGAUGACAUGCAGAACAGUGUGUCAUUGCUGGAAGCUAACACUGCCAGAUAUGCAAAAACAGGAGCAAGUCAGUGUAUGACUCAGUUUGUAGCAAGUGAAAACCCCAAGGAACUGGUCCACAGUUCUAAAGAUGCUGGAAGUAGCACCGAGUGCUUCAGGCAUCCACUGGGACACGGACUUAGCCACAUUCAGGAGACAGAAAUGGAAGAGAGUGAACUUGAUACUCAGUAUUUACAGAAUACAUUUCAAGUUCCAAAGCGUCAGUCAUUUACUUUAUUUUCCAAACCAAGAGAUCCCCAAAAGGAGUGUGUAACAACCUGUGCUUCCUCCGUGUCCUUAAGGGAAGUGAGUGCAAAAGUGACUUCUGAAGGUGAACAAAAAGAAGAAAAUCGGGGACAUGAAGAGUCUGAAAUCAGUUGUGGACAGGCAGUGACUGCCACAGUGAGCGUACCUCUCCUUCAUCAGGAAGGUAAGCCUGGCACCGAUCCAGUGCGUGCUGGAGUGUCCAGGCUUUGUCUGUCAUCUCAGUACAGAAGCAAUGAGAACAAUCUCAGCACUGCGGGUGACCCCAGAAUUCCACAAAACUCACGUCUUCAACAAUCAGUUUCUCCCGUCAUGUCCUCUAUGAAGACUGACCAUAGUAAAACUCUGUCAGAGGGACAAUUUGAGAAACAUACAUUGUCAACUGAAAAGGCCAUGGGAAAUGAGACGGUUGUUCAAAGUAACAUACACACAAUUGGCCAAAUCCACAGGAAAAGUGCUUGUCAAGAAGCCAGCUCGGGCAGUAUUAAUGAAGUAUGUUCCAGUGGCGAAAACUUCCAAGGACAACUAGGCAGAAGCGGAGGGACUAAGUUAAACACUGUGCUUCCGUUAGGUCUUAUGCAAUCUGGAAUCUGUAAGCGAAGUUUUCCUGUGAGUGAGUAUAAAAAUCUUGAAAUAAAAAAGCAGGAAGGUAAGACUGUUGGUGCAGACUUCUCUCCGUGUCUGUUCUCAGAUAAGCUCGAACAACCUAUGGUGAGUGGUAAUGUUUUUCAGGUUUGUUCUGAGACACCUGAUGACCUGUUGGAUGAUGUUGAAAUACAGGAAAACACUAGCUUCGGUGAAGGUGAUAUCCUGGAGAAGUCUGCUGUUUUUAAUGGAAGUGUCCAGAGAAGAGAGCUGAGUAGGAGCCCUAGCCCUUUAACCCAUGCAUCGCUGAUUCGGAGUCUCCGUAGAGGGUCUAGGAAAUUAGAGUACUCAGAAGAGAGUGAAUGUGAGGAUGAAGAUCUUCCCAGCUUCCAGCACUUGCUUGGCAGAGUAAGCAAUACACCUGACCUUACCAGACAGAGCAAUGUUGGGACACAGCGUCUGUCCGAGAAGGCAGCAGGGACCCAGGCGCCGUGGAAGUGCACCAUCAGGGAUGACAGUAACGAGGUGAUCUUGGUAGAGGAUUCUCAGGAACAUCCCCUUGGUGAGGACCCAAAAUGCUCUGGCAGCAUGUUCUCCUCACAGCACAGUGCCGUACGAGAUUCUGCUGCAAACGCAAGCUCCCAGGACCCCUUGUUUAACUCUCCCUCCAAACAGAUGAGUCACCAGUCUGAGAACGAGCAGCUUUUCCUAAGUGACAAGGAGUUGAUUUCAGAUGAGGAAAUGGGAGCUUGCCCAGAAGAAGACAGUGAUCAAGAAGAGGAUAUUAUAAUCCCAGAUUCAGGUGAAGCGGCUUCUGGGUAUGAGAGUGAAACCAACCUUUCUGAAGAUGGCUCCCAGAGUGAGAUUUUAACCACUCAGCAGAGGGCUACCAUGAAAGAUAACCUGAUAAAGCUCCGGCAGGAGAUGGCCCACCUGGAAGCCGUGCUAGAGCAGCAAGGGAACCAGCCUUCUGGCCAUUCUCCGCCCCUCAUAGCUGACACUUGUGCCCCCGAAGACCCGCCAGAUCCAGAGCACAACAUACCAGGAACAGCAAUUUUAACUUCAAAGAACAUUAAUGAGAAUCCUGUAAGCCGGAAUCCAGCGUGCAUUUCUGCUGACAAGUUCCAACCACAACCUCCAGAUAGUUGCACCAGUAGAAAUAAAGAGACACGAGUGGGAAGGCCUUCUUCCUCUUUUAAAUCUCCAUCGGCAGGCAAUAGGUGCUCCUCACACAGCCGCCCUGGGAGUCUUCAAAACAGAAGCUUCCAGUCUCAAGAGGGGCUCCUUCAGGUUGUUGAAGCAGAGAAGUCAUGUGAACCACACAACUUAACAGGACCAUCUUACUUGCCAAGGCAAGAUCUAGAAGGAACCCCAUGUCUGGAAUCUGGAAUCAGCCUUUUUUCUAAUAGAGACCCUGGAUCUGAGUCCUCUGAAGAGCCAGCUCAUGUUUGCAUGACGCCAGCUUCAACCUCUGCACGGAAAGUACCCCAGUGUCAAGUUGCUGAGUCUUUCAAGGGUCCAGCUGCUGCUUGUGCUCACACCGAAGCUGUAGAAACUGUGAGCGAGAUAAAGCCAGCACUGACAUCCUCAAAAGGAAGAGCCACUAAAGGAAUAUCCAUGGUGGUAUCAGGCUUGACCCUCAAAGAAGUAAUGAUUGUGCAAAAGUUUGCUGAAAAAUACCGCCUCACUUUAACUGAUGUAAUUACUGAAGAGACUACGCAUGUCAUUAUAAAAACAGAUGCUGAGCUUGUGUGUGAACGGACACUGAAAUAUUUUCUGGGAAUUGCAGGAGGAAAAUGGAUAGUUAGUUAUUCAUGGGUGAUCCGGUCUAUUCAAGAAAGAAAACUUCUGGAUGUGCAUGAAUUUGAAGUCAAAGGAGAUGUUGUGACUGGGAGAAACCACCAAGGUCCAAAGCGAUCCAGAGAAUCCCAGGAAAAGCUCUUCAAAGGACUAAAAAUCUGUUGUUGUGAGCCCUUCACCAACAUGCCCAAAGAUGAGCUGGAGAAGAUGCUACAGCUGUGUGGGGCUUCCGUGGUGAAGGAGCUUUCAUCACUGACCCAUGACACAGGUUCUCAACCAAUUGUGAUCAUCCAGCCAAGCGCCUGGACAGAAGAGAACAACUGCCCUGCAGAGAUUGGGCAGCUGUGUGAGGCACAUCUGGUGAUGUGGGACUGGGUGUUGGACAGUAUAUCCGUCUACCGAUGUCGGGAUUUGGAUGCCUACCUGGUACAGAAUAUCACCCAUGGCCAUGACUGUAGCGAGCCACAAGACCCCAAUGAUUAGUUUAAGAAGUGACCUUUCCAUGCCCAGGGAGCAUCUCACUCCUGGGUGCUUCCACAUCCUACGUACUAAGUAUUUUAUAAGCAUCAGCCUAGGGGUAGGGGGAGGCCUCUACCUAUGUGAGGGUCCCUUAAAGGUUUUCUGAUUUAAGUCUCCCUUUGAAAUCUGUCUUGAGCAUAAAAAGUGUUUCACGUGAGAAGAAUUUAAGUCUAUUUAAACCCCACCACUUGAACAAGAUGCUAAUUCAUGAUAUAUUGUUCUUGGAGAGACAGAGUAGAGUGACUGGUCUGCCCUUGGCAGGAAGAGACAGGGGUAUCAUGAGUCCAAGGCCAGCGUGGGCUAUACAAUACCCUGACUCAAGAGUGAUAGCUAGUGGUCCUAAUUUGUUUUCUUAUAAAAUCUCAUCUCAUGUUCAUAAAGACCAAGAGUCAAGUCCUUCGGGGAAAUUGCUUGAGGUCUGUGAUUUGACUUAAAAUCAGUGCUCAAGACUCCAGGUUCCAUACCCAGCACCAAACAACACCCAUAUUUCCCUACCCCUCCACCGCCA